GCAAGCGUUCGCAUUCGUUCGGUCGCUCUCUUGUUCUUAUUGCGAUAUGGCAACCGAGAAGCCGCCUGUGUACUACUGCCUCGGCGGCGUCUCGGCCAUGACCGCGGCCUGCUUCACGCACCCCUUUGACCUGCUCAAGGUGCGUCUCCAGACCUCCAAGGAAGCGCACCUCUCGCUCUUUGGCACGAUCAAGAGCAUCACGAAAACAGAGGGCCUGCGCGGCUUUUACCGAGGCAUCUCGGGCGGCCUCAUGCGCGAAGGCUCGUACUCGACCGUGCGCUUUGGCGUGUACCAGUACCUCAAGGAUGCCGCGAUCGAGCGCAACGGCGGCGACCCGAUCCCGCUCUGGGAAAACGUUGCGCUCUCCAUGUUUGGCGGUGCGGUUGGCGGCGCGGUGGGCAACCCCGCGGAUGUUGUCAACGUGCGCAUGCAGGCGGAUGGACGACUGCCCGAGGCCCAGCGCCGCAACUACGCCCACGCCGUCGACGGCCUCGUUCGGAUCUCGCGCGACGAAGGCCGCGACGCGCUACUCCGCGGCGUGCGGCCCAACAUGAUGCGCGCGAUGCUAUUGACGAGCGGGCAGAUUGCCACGUACGACGUCUUCAAGACCUUCUUCCUCGAGACAAUCGGACUCGACGACAACAUUGGCACCCAUUUUGCGUCGAGCAUGGCGGCGGGUUUGGUCGCGACGACCGCGUGCGCGCCCAUGGACGUUGUCAAGACGCGAUUGAUGAACAUGCAGCAGCACGCGACGACCGAGUACAGUGGCACCGUCGAUUGCUUCACCAAGAUUCUCAAGACCGAAGGCGUCCGCGGUCUCUUCAAAGGCUGGACGCCUGCCUACAUGCGCCUCGGGCCGCAAACGAUCCUCACGUUUAUGACCCUCGAGCAGCUUCGAAAGCUGAUUUAAUCGUCAUUAAUUCAGAGUACAAUUCGAC